UCGGCGGCGGGUGAUGGAGCCCGGGGGUGACGGUCCCGCGGCAGGGCCCGGGCCGGCGCUGGGCCGGGGCGGCCUGGAGGCCCUGCAGCACACGGCGGGCUCGGUGCUGUCCAGCUAUGGCUGGUACAUGCUCCUGGCCGUCGUCGCCGUGUAUCUUCUCGUGCAGAAGGUGUCCCGCAGCCUGGCGUCGCGGCCGAGCGGCCGGCCCGGAGCAGCUGAGGCGGCCGAGGAACCUGAUGCAGUGGUGAGAAGGCAGGAAGCUUUGGCAGCAGCUCGCCUCAGGAUGCAAGAGGAAUUGAAUGCACAAGCAGAAAGAUACAAGGAAAAGCAAAGACAGCUGGAGGAGGAGAGGCGAAGGCAGAAGAUCGCGAUGUGGGAGAGUAUGCAAGAAGGAAAAAGCUACAAAGGAAACCUGAAACUGAAUCAGCAAGAAGUAGAAUCUGGUGCCUCUGCCUCAGCAGUCCCAAAAUCUAAACCAAACAAAAAGCCUUUGAGAGGAGGUGGCUAUAACCCACUGUCUGGAGAAGGAGGAGGGACGUGCUCCUGGAGACCCGGCCGGCGGGGCCCGUCAGCAGGUGGAUGAGGCUAACGUCCCUAGUGUCCUCUGGCACUAUCAGGCUUGAUCUUACCCCCUGUCUAGCUGCCUGCAGCUGGCCUGUCACAAGGACUCCUUUGGGACUGGUUCAGUGCACUUGUUAACUUAAAACAGAUAUUGUUUGUUUGAUUUACACCCUUUCCAAAUUGUAAGACAUUGGCUGAUGCUACACCAGAAAAAUACCUGAUCCUCUUAGAGAGGGCAAAGAGAAAAUUUCAGUAUAAUCAGUUAAUUUUCACUCUUCUGUAGAGAGGGAGUCUAGUCUCCAGCCAGGAUGAAUCACCUGUGAUUGUGAGAUCUGGGCUCUCUGACAAAUUUAGUUAUCUAUGCUCACUUUACCUCUGUGAGAUGAGGAUAUUUACCAUCCUCAGAUGUGUUACCAGAUUUACCUUCCAACUAAACACAGUCAUUUAGAGAGUAAGGAUAUUAUCAUUGGCAGACACCUUGAAUUUAGGGAGGGGGACUUUCAGAAAAAGCACAGGUGAUCUGACAAAUGUCACGGAUUUGCACCAAAGGCCAGUUAUGGCAGAAGAGUCUCUGUGACAAGCCAGCUUGAAUGAUGUUUUCCUUAUAAAUGGUAAACAAACCAGUGAGGAUUACUGAUGAUAGACAGCAGACAGGGGGGUUCUUGCUAUUCCUUUUUUUUUUCUUUUUUUUUUAUUGCAACUGCUUUGUAAAAACAAGACACUAUUAAUAUUAAAUAUAAUUGCAAACAUCGUAAA